AUGGCCAACGUCGACACCUCAAUACCCCCCCAGACCACCGGCGCAGCAGCCGAUCUCGCAGCCCGCCACAGCGCCGAGCACCCCCUCAAGCUGUACGGCGGCUGGUUCUGCCCCUUUGUCCAGCGCGCCUGGAUCGCCCUCGUGGAGAAGAAGAUCGAGCACCAGUACGUCGAGAUCAACCCGUACAAGAAGGAGCCCGAGUUCCUGGCCCUGAACCCGCGGGGGCUCGUCCCGGCGCUGGGGCUGCCGGACCCGCCAAGGGCCGUGCUGUACGAGAGCAGCGUUGUUUGCGAGUACCUGGACGAGAGGUACGCGGACGAGGCGGUGCACGGGAGGCCGCUGCUGCCCGGGAGUGCGUAUGAGCGGGCGCGGGCGAGACUGUGGAUUGACCAUGUAUCUACGAGGGUCAUACCCGGGUUCUACAAGCUGCUGCAGCAUACCGACGGGAAGAGCGCGCUGAGCAUUGAGGAGACGCGCAAGGAGUUUCUGGGGCACGUCCGGACAUUGGUGAAGGAGAUGGCAAGCAGCGGGCCGUUCUUCCUGGGUGAGACGUUCAGUUUGGUGGACAUUUCGUUGGCGCCGUGGGCGAAGCGACUGUGGCUGAUUGACCACUACAAGAAUGGGGGUGUGGGGAUUCCCCAGGAAGGCCAAGACGGCGACGAUGAAGUCUGGGGGAGAUGGAGGGCGUGGUUCAAAGCGGUGACGGAAAGGCCCAGCGUCAAGGAGACGUGGAGUGACGAUGAGCGAUACCUUGCCGCGUACAAGAGAUACGCGGACAACACGACCAACUCGCUGGUGGGACAAGCUACGAGAGCUGGGUCGGGGCUGCCGUGA